GCAGGACUUCAUCACUCUGACUGACACCGAGCAGCGGAACCAUGCCAGAAGAAGCUCCCACCCCAGCGCCGGCCAAGGGCCAGAAGAAGGCGGCCACCAAGCCGGCGGCCAAGGCGGCAGCCAAGCCCAAGAGGACGGGACCCAGCGUCCGCGACCUCGUCGCCCAGGCCGUGACCGCCUCCACCGAGCGCCACGGCAUGUCGCUGGCCGCCCUGAAGAAGGUCCUGUUGGCCGGCGGCUACGAUGUGGUUAAGAACAAUAACCGCGUUAAAGUCGCCGUCAGAGCGCUCGUCGACAACGAGACCCUGGUUCAGACCAAGGGAACCGGCGCCUCCGGCUCCUUCAAGCUGAACAAGACCGCCCCCAAGAAAGCGGCCGCUAAGAAGCCGGUCGUGAAAGCCAAGAAGAGCCCCGUCAAGAAAGCUCCCGCGCCCAAGAAGACCGUCGCAGCCAAGAAAGCCCCGGCCGCCAAGAAGUCCCCGAAGAAGGCGAAGAAACCUGUGGCGGCCGCGGCGGCCAAGAAGGCGCCCAAGAGCCCGAAGAGGGCCGUCAAGAGCCCGAAGAAGCCGCUGAAGAGAACCCCGGUGAAGAAGGCUCCGGCGAAGAAGCCUGCGGCCAAGAAGGCUCCCGCGAAGAGGGCGGCGGCGAAGAAGACUCCGUCCAAGAGGAAGUGAGCGGUCACAGACUCGAACCCGAACAAAAGGCUCUUUUAAGAGCCACACACCCGAGACCCGAGAGAGCUGCUUCCUCCCGUCACACGAGUUCAUCACCUGUACCUGAUCUUAUAUCACUAUACUACAGCUCAUACUACCUUAUACACUGAGCAGCACUUUGUACUUAAAGGUACUAUUACUCAGUUAUACUGUUAAUAUAUCACAUCAAGUUGAAGUAUUAAUAAUUAUAUACAAAUGUACAUUUAUACUAUCAGAUAUUGUGUAAUGUACAUAAUUUACAGUAAGUAUUAUUCAUCUUUAUAUUGUCUGGGACACGCACAAUAAUGAGUCACUGUUAUGAAUGUAAACAUAACUUUCAGAGGACUAACUGUACAUGUUGCUACAGUAGAAAUGUAAAAUAGUACUUCUCUUGUGCUCGGGUCAAGAUGAGAUUUAUUAAUCCUGAGGGAAAAUACUUAACAGAAUAUAUGAUGGGGAGCAGGGAAUAAAAUAUAUGAAUAUAAUAUUAUUCUGUUCCAUUUCACAGUGUUUUCAUUGUGAUUUUAUUUUUAAACGCAAUAUUUGAGCGCAACAGAAGUUGAUAAAGUUUAAAUUUGAAGCAGCAGCGACUUCGUAUCAUUUAAAAUCUAAAUGUAUAAAACUUAAAGGUUCAUUCAGAUCACAGACAGCGCCCCCAAUGGCAGGAAGCUGUAACUGCAAGGACAUUCACUACAGACAUCAUUAAAUAAACAUUUUCUAGUAAAACAUGAAUCAUUAUGAAAAUGUAUUUUUACAUUUAUUUAUCUAUGCAUUUCUACAUUCAUUUAUUUUUGUAUUUCUACGAUUAUUUAUGUAUUCUAUAUAUAUUUGUUUCUGUAUUUCUACCUCAUGGAAAGUGCCGGAAACUUUGUCCUCAGACCAAAAUGAUUAAACUUUGACUUUGGCAUUUAAAGUCUUAAAGUGUAGUUUCAGUGUAAAGUGGUGGACGACAGGGCUGGAUUGUUCAUCUGAUAUAAACCCAGGAACCUCUACAGGACACAGGGACGGUGAAGAUGAGAAGAUGAAGGUGGAGACAUUGUGUAAAUAUAAUAAAAUACACUUCGUACUGAGCUGAUGGUGAAUUCAGAAGAACUGGGUUCAGUGUGUGUGCUGUUAAAGGUCUCAUGAUACCAAGAGCGGACGUGUGUCUGGUUUGACUAAAUGAACCUGUACACAAUGCAAAUUAAUAAAUAAAGUAAACUAUGUGAACAAC